GUAUCUCAUCAUCAGUGUGCCUCCUUCACUGACUGUUUCAACUCUUACCUUAUUAUGUAAGUGUAAGUGUUGGCACAGCAGCACAGUAAAAGGUUCCAAAAGUUGAGUGAGCAUUCCUACAAAAUAUAUUUUGACCAAUCACCAGUCUCUGCUGUGGGUAUCAGACUGCCAUCAUGGACUUUCUGACAGGCAACAGCCAUUUGUAGCCCUCAGCUAAUUUACUUUGAGAGCCUACACUCAUCCAGGCGGAGAGCAGAUACUCAGUGGCUUGACCCGGCUUAUAUCUGUAUCGCACUGUGAUACUGUCUCUUACCCUGCCAGCUUGGUGAACAGUCUCAUUUAAAUGCCAAGGAACACUCAAUAUACACAUAUUCUGAUAUUCAUCCCUGCUUUGUGAUAUUUGUGAUAGCUUGGAUUAACACCAAAUGUCUCAAAGUAAGGAACUUAAAGACUUAAAAAAUCAGAACUGAUUUGGAUUCGUCCAAAAGUCUUUAUAACCUAAUUACAGUAAUGUCUUCACAGAUAUUUUGUAAGAAUGAAUAUCAGCACAAACCCUAAAUUUUUAUAGUCACUUGCCUUAAACUAAAGUCAUUGUAACCUAUGUGCACCAUGUGAAAACAGCUGAAGGUUAAGGUCUUAACCUUUCGUCAAAUUAGCCAUGUCCUUCAGAGGUUUCCGUUUUCACAGAUCUGCGGACGAUAAAGUCACACAAAGCCUCUCAGACUGAGCAGGUGAAUUCCGUCAGCUUUUGUGAAGUUUUGCACUUUUUUUAGACUUUGGUCAAGUGAGCUUUUACUAAAUUAAUUCUAUCAUAUAAAUUGCUGCAUUUAAGUUUGAGAAUACUUUCCUUUAAUGGGAGUCAAGACUGUUAACAGUCAAACUACUUAUGAAGCAAGUAUGUAAGAAAAAAUACAUUUCUAAAAAAAGUUAUGCAGUAUUUUUUAAUGGCACAGAAAAAACGUUGACCCAAAUCCUUUGGUGCUGGACUGAAUUUUCUGUUGGUUGCCAGUUGUACUGCAAGAUCUGUAAAAACCCUCAGUGGAAUUCACAAAGUGUCGGACUCUUUUUGGGCCGCUGCAGUGAGCACAAAGUGCUAUUCAUAGUCCAGAUACUCGAGACACUUGGCGAAAUCAAAAGCUCCUCUUUCGAUUUUGUUCAAGUCUUAUCAGUGACAUCAGUGAAGGAGUUCAAUUGAAAUAAUUACAAAUUUUUAAAAAAUGGAUUGAAUUUCACAGCCACGAAGAAACAGGCCAUUAUAUUCGUGUCUGUGUAGCUUUUUGAUUCUUUUUCUUUUUUUGAGUGUACCUCCUUGCCCAUGUCCAGCUUGCUCAAGUUUCAUUUAUUUAAGUCUGCUUGUGCACCCACACAGCCCAGAAUCCCACUGGACAGAUCUGGUUUCAUCUUAAAACAGAGUUCAUUGUUCACUGCAAUGAUACUGAAGACUGAAACAAAACAGUAUGUCUGUUGUCAUGCCGUAGUCUUGGAUAAUCUCCUCACUUUUCAGUUGCAUUUUAUUAAGGAGGCUGAAUGAGUGGGCUGGUCAGGUUGGUCCUGUUACCUCAGUGGGUGGGACGGGCUACAGAGCACUUCUGGAUCUGGAACCUGUUGCAUUGACCUGCACACUUGAGACAGGAAUCACUGCUCAGGCAGAAGCAAGAGAUGGUUUUUCUAACAACCAAAGUCAUGCAAAGAACUGCACUUUUUGUAACGUUUGGGGGUUUGGUCACUUCUCUGAUCACCACCUUCCUGCCAUUCUGGAAGACAAUGAACUCUGACCUGAACGAAGUGGAGAACUGGUUCUCUGGACUGUGGCACACCUGCCUCUACACGGAGGAGGUGGGAAUUCAGUGUAAGGCCUACGAGUCUGUCCUGGGGCUGCCAAUGGACUUGCAGAUCUCCAGGGUGCUAAUGUCAAUGUCUAUAGGCACCGGAGGUUUGGCUCUGCUGGCUGUCUUCCCUGGACUGGAGGGCGUCGAGAUGUGUGUGGGGCAGCCUGGCCUGAAGAGACGGUUCCUCAUUCUUGGAGGGGUGCUGUCUUGGUUGUCAGGUCUCACCACUCUGGUUCCAGUCUCAAUCGUGGCCUACACCACUGUGGCAGAGUUCUGGGACGAGGGUUUUCCUGACGUGAUGCCACGCUGGGAGUACGGAGAAGCAAUGUUCUCUGGAUGGUUUGGCGGUUUGGCUCUGGUCAUCGGAGGGACUCUCUUCUUUGUAGCUGUGUGCAUGGGGGACUUUGACCAGAGGCCGCCAAGUGUGCCAAACAGCCCACAGUGGAAGCACAGGACAAAGAGCUACCUGAAGACAGAGGUGUUAUAGAUUUCUUAUUGUCAACAUGUCACCUGCACAUUCAUAUACUUCAUAUGGAGGCCUGUCAGCUCGUACACUUGUGCGAUGAGAUAUUGAAAUGCUUUGUGACGUGCUUCAGUGACUGUUUGU